AUGAUGGAGUCUCUCUUCUUGGGAUUCGCUUCGAUUGUCACUGUCACUAUAUUCCUCAUCCGGCGGCGGAUGAGUCGACGUCGCAAAGUCGAUAGUGGCGGAAAUACAAGCGCCGCCCCCCUUGAGAAGAGUCGGAAGAUCACUAGCGAGGAAAAGCAUCAGGUGCGCGAGACGCGGAGGAGAGAAGGCGAGGAACUCUUCGAGGCCGACGAGCUCAGGGCGCUCAAGCAGCUCUAUUACCAGCUUCACAGCCUGGAGAGCUUCCCUGAGGUACUUCCCCGAGCGAGGAGACUGCUGCUCGCCCUGCUGAAGGAAACGACGACGGCGGCAGCAGCAGCAGCAGCGGCAGCUCACGCGCGGUCUGGGGCUGAGAGCAUCCUCCACGUCCACUCCUUUUCGCGGCCGGCUCUGGAGCAGUUCCAACACCGACUAAACACCAGGAUCGGUAACGACUGGCAGGCGUACAACGCGCGACGGAAGGAGGGGGGACAGCGGGAGUUGUUCCAGGACAGGGACGAGGCCGUGUGGUGGCUGAGGCAACUUGCACCCGUCAAAUACGUGGACGGGGCGUGGCUGGGCCACAUCGGCAAGGUGACUCUCCCCUUCGGCUUACAGAAAACGAUCAAAGGCGGCUGGCAGAUCUUGUCUGAGGAGCUGGGAGAUGGCGACCUGGAGAAGAACCACGUCCACGUCUUCCACAAGCUGAUAGACUCGGUCGCGCCCGGCUUCCCAACGGCAGCAGAGCUGGACUUCGGUCACCCGCGGCAUCAGCUCGACGAGGUGUCGGUGUGGAGAGCGGCCAUCGCGCAGCUGCUCAUCUCGCUGUUCCCGCACGAGUUCCUCCCCGAGAUACUCGGCUUCAACCUCCACUUCGAAGCGGUCUCGAUGGACACGCUGAAGGCAGGGAAGGAGUUGAAGGAGGUCGGCAUCGAUCCGUACUAUUUCAUCCUCCACAUCUCCAUUGAUAAUGCCGACUCGGGACACACGGCCAUUGCGAUGGAGGUGGUCUGCGAAUACAUGGACUACGUACGCAGGGUCGAAGGGGAAGAGGGGGUGCAAAAGGCAUGGAAGAAGGUCCAAGCGGGAUAUCUCCUCUCCCAGAGGUUGCCCGGCAGUGUAGUGAGCCCAUCCCGAAGGAAAUCGCUUGAGAUUGGCAGUUCCGAAAUGCAGGUGGUCAUGAAUCCUGUUGAGACGGAGGUCAUGAGAAUCUUCAAGGCCAAGGCACAGGUUGUGCAUGGGAUUCACUGCAGCAGCAGAGUCAGGAUCGGCGCGCGCAGCGUAGCCGACUGGUUGAACCCGGUAGCACUGGAGUCGACGCAUUGGCAGAGAGAUUUGCUCGAUGCCUUGAGCCACAACAGAUAUUGGAUUCGAAGGGGUGACAGCAGCAAAAGCCGCUUCAUUCAAGAGCUGCAGUGGAACGGGAGGAUGUUCGGCUCUUUCACCCAAUACGAGUUCGAUGUAUUAAGGGAAUGGGUCGAUGGCCUUUCCAACGUCUUUUCAGUCUUGGACAGCUCCGAAUCGAACCAAGGCAUCGAAGAGGGCAACGGCAUUCUUUCCGGCUACCCGACACUCCAAAAUUUGCCGAGUCCAGGAUUGCGGAAGAUGCUUUCGGCCUCGACGGCCACGGACGUCUUCUCGUACCAGACCAUUCCACCGUUGGACAUCAGCAAUCGUCCGAUCUUCGAGAACUUCCUCCCAGUCUGGCUUGCCCACCCUUGCCUGCUUCAGAGUUUCGUCUCCGUCCCUUUCCGAACCAAGAACCAGGUCGCCUGCAGUAUCGUCAAGGUCCUGCGUGCUCAAGGCGGAUUUGAUAUUGAGCAACAGUGCGUGGGAGGCAUGUGUGAAGUCCGGCGUCCCAACAGCCUGGGGCUGGCAGGAAUCGGGAUGAGCAUGAUGGCGCAACAUGGUCCUUCACUCGCUGCGCUGCCUUCGCUCAAGCAUGUCCUCCAAGCCUGGCCGUCCGAGUUUGCGGUACAAAUGUUGCAGAUUUCGAUGCGCCCGGUGGAGUACGAGGGACAGCUUAUUGGGAUGGCAACAGCGUUUGCUAAGAUGCACGCCGUGAUUGCGAGGUCACAGUUGCCUUUGCUAUCGGCACAGGACCAGGUCACGUUACAGGCCAUCGCCCGACGCGAGCUGGAAGGCCUGGAGUUUUGCUGGGAGCAGCUCGAGAUGGACGGAAAAGUUUACGCUGAGUGCUGCAAGGGGUAUCUCGUUGCCGAGCAGGAGAUCAAAAAGUGUUUUCAGGUCUGA